CGUCAAUGGCAUAGGCGGUGCAUGAAUGGGCUGUGGGAGUGAAAGGGCCACAGCAGGCUUUUCCCACCUGUGGGUUAAAACGGAUAAAAGGUUCGGUUUUCUAAGCUAUGGUUUAUGUUAGUUUCGGUACGAAGUUUUGGAACACAUGAGCAGUGGACCACUUCGUGUACGGACUGUGGAUGAGCGAUCGGUCCUAAAGAGACGCAAAUAUCCACCGGCUGCUCGGCGCAGGCUAGCAGCGGUGCGGGUCGUGGCAUCCCGGUGCAGGAGGAGGCUGAAAGCCCCGGUCCCGCCUGUUAGCCAUGGGUCUCCGCAAGAAGAACAAGAGCCCGCCGGUGCUCAGCCACGAAUUUGUGAUCCAGAACCACGCCGACAUGGUGUCGUGCCUGGCUAUGAUCAUCCUCCUGGGCCUGAUGUUUGAGAUCACGGCAAAGUUUGCCAUCAUGUUCAUUACAGUCCAGUACAAUGUCACACAAGUUCUUGAUGAAAAGAAUGAUCCAGUGAACCUUUACCAUUAUGGUCCUAAAGAUGUGGCCACUGUGUUUUUUUACUUACUAAUUAUCGUUAUUCUUCAUGCCCUGAUACAAGAGUAUAUACUUGAUAAAAUGAACAGAAGGUUGCAUCUGUCAAAGACCAAACACAGCAAGUUCAAUGAAUCAGGGCAAUUGGCAGCAUUUUACUUGUUUUCCUUCAUUUGGGGAUGCAGCAUCUUGACAGCGGAGGACUUUGCAAAAAAUCCCACUUUCCUCUGGGAAGGUUACCCCCACACUCACAUGGUUUUUCAGGUCAAGUUUUUCUACAUUUGCCAAAUUGCCUAUUGGCUUCAUGCACUUCCUGAGCUGUACUUCCAAAAAGUACGCAAGGAAGACAUCCCCCGCCAACUCAACUACAUUUGCCUUUAUGUUGUCCAUAUCACUGGUGCCUACAUCUUAAACCUCUACCGACUUGGUGUGGUGUUGCUGGUCCCUCACUAUUUGGUGGAGCUCCUGUUUCACGCCUCACGCCUCUUCUACUUCAGUGAUGAGAACAAACAGAAAGGUUUCACUCUGUGGGCUUUGCUUUUUGUCAUCGCUCGCCUCCUCACACUCACUCUUUCGGUCCUGACAUUUGGCUUUGGGUUGCCACGGACAAAAAACCAAGGAUUUUCUCUUGUAGAAGGCAACUUUAAUGUGCUCACCAUAAGGAUGUCAUGUUUGGCAGCCAUCUGCCUGACUCAAGCUUGGAUGAUGUGGAAGUUCAUCAAUUUCCAGCUAAAGAAGUGGAGAGAACACAGCCAGAACCAGGCCUCAAAAAAGAAAACAGCCAGCCCAAAGAGCAAACCUCACAAAAGGGAGCUGACAAGGGGUGCUGUCAAUGGAAUUGUGAAGCCUGACGAUAAAACAUCACCACGGAUGAGAAGAGUUAAAAACUCAUGAAGACUGUGAAGUUGAGAAUAAGCUGACACAGUGACAUGCUGUAUGUUAUAUACACAAUUUAGCAUAGUGUCAACUGCUCUCUAAUCUAAAUUACACACACAAAAAAAACUCACGUAGCUGUCUUUUUGGUAUUGAGAUUCCCUUUGUGAGACAUUCACUGCAAGUUACUUGGUUCUCUGCUGAUUAGAAGUUGGCAGGGAGAGUUGGAUCUGAUGCUUUAAACUGAAUAGAUUUCACUCCUCAAAAAGUGUCCUUUUGUGUGCAACCAUGAUCCUAUGUUGAUUAUUCCUUACAUUCAUCAUAAUGCAACUUAAUGUGAAGUGUUAAUUUACACAACUGUACAGGGUUCGUCGGUUGAUACGCUUUGGGGUGUUUUUUUUUUGUUGUUGUUUGUUUUGUUUUUGUUAGGCCUUAAUUGAGUUUAACUGCCAAAGGCUGCUGGCUCAUGUCCAAAAUGACUUUAUUGCACAGCACCAUAAAUUAUGAUUAUGUUAGAUACACACAUCCUGUGAAUAGAAGUAGUGGUGUAUAGGCACUGUGUCAAAAUUGUGACCUAAUGAUCUGUUAUUGCCAUUGUGGAUGGCCAGUGCCUUUGAAAUCCAAUGCUGGAUUGAGGCACUUUUUCUUGUUUUACUGAAGUCUCACUCGCCUGGUUCUCGGCUUCACACUGCUUCGGGACCGUCCGCAAAUUGAAGCUGUGCUGUAACCUUUGUAUCUCCACUGUAUGCAUUCCGUUAAAUACAACUGUCAGCAUGAGCAGACACUUGAGCAAAGAAGGCUGCAACUCGGCGUUUUUGUACGGUAACGUCAAUGCAUGGGAGUUUGAACUCAAUAUAGUUUGCUACCCUUUCUAUCACUCUCUCACAUAUACACACAAACAAACAGAAGCAUUCAGUGGCCUUUUACAACUGCUGCAAGAGGGUUAUUUAUUUUUAUCACAGACUAUUGAUGGUUAUUCUAACCAGCAAUUACAGCGGUACAUAGCAACUGUGCUCAGUUAAUCCAAACAAUACAAUCCUUCUUCAAGUGUCCUUAUAAUGCAGUGCUUCUCAAUUAUUUUCUGUUAUGCCCUCCCCCCAAAGAAGACGUAAACGUCUCCCCCACUGUAUCAUUUGUCUAUAAAAUUAUUAUUACCAAUAUACCUCUGCAUAACACUGUUAUGUUGUAAUUAAUAUUAAAGAAAAAAGUAAUUGAUCAACGUACAAUAAAAUAUAACUGUAUUAACAUUGUUUUGUUUGUAACAGAUAAGACAAAGUGCAUCAAUUUGCCUGAAAUAAAAAGAAACUGUAAAAAUACACUCAAGGUACAUUUGUCAGCAACAUUAACUCAUGAGGACAAUAUGCCAAAAAAUUUGACCAAAAAAACAAAGAUUAAUUGAACAAAAACGACAGUGUCACUGGACAGAAGGACAAUUUUUAUUUUUGCUUCUGGCAGUAUCAGCUCCUUUGCUAUAGUGUGGGGUUAUUUUGCACUGAGAAACUUGGUGUGCCACUAUAUGAUGCUAAUAGUGUUCGCUGGUUUACUGAUGUAACAGGAGGAAACAAAGCGGGACUAUUGUUGGCAAUUUUCGGUACGUUUUCGUUGAAAAAAAUGACGCGGCUUAUCAAUGUGAUUGGGGUCUAAUGUCUUUAAGUGACAUGUUAAUUGAUUUGGCUUCCUGCUGUCCACUGCAAACAUUUUUAGACACAGUGAACAGACUUGCCUUUCCUCGUCUCCCACUCUAUUAAAAGUCAGAGCCAAAAGCCAAACUCUACAUACUCUUUGCCAUAUUUCCGUGUCUUAGCUCUUCACAUCUCCAGUGCUCUUUUCUGUGUGCUCUUGUUUGGUUAAAAAAUACUGCACGCAUUCUGAAAAUGAGAGCAUCACUGCCACUCACUGAGUGGAUGUGCAAUUACACUUUAUUCUAGUACGGCAAAAAUGUAUGUUCCCUGAGGUCACAUGCGGCACCCACGCCAACCCUGUGCGGGGGGGGGGCACUUUUUGAGAAGUACUGCUAUAAUGUCAGUGAGUUGUAUAAUUUGUUCCGCUUGUUUUUUUUCUGUUUCACAAUUGUUUCUUUUAAUAUUAUGGGGCAACGAGGCAUAAACUGUUACCCCACUUCCAUCCUGUGGCGCAAUGGGAAGUGUUUCGGGGCGUGUUUGGCUUAUUCUACAUGUGUGUGAAUAAACUUUGCCAGAGUUAGGUUGGUGGCAAAUCUAGCUGUUACUUGUCUUUUGGGAAGACAAAUGAUAAUCUGUGUGCAAUGUAUGGUUUGUCAGAAUCUGUCAGUGAAAUCCUGCCUCAUUAGGUCCCAUGCAAAUUUCAAGUAUCUGAUUGUGUUACGCUGUUUCAGCAGACAGCACUCAAAUGGUCCUGUUGGGCCACCUUUCCUCUUCCGGACCAUUUGUUUUGAUACAAAAAGGGGAAGUCAUAAAAAUAUGAAUCCUAUUUUCUUGGUUUAAUUUACUUUAUCGGGAAUUGUACAGCUCAGAUAGAAACUGUUUGAUAAAUUCGUAAAAUGGAAGAAGGAGCAAAGGUAUAAAAUAAACACUACACUAUAAUAUGUGUCAGAUUUUAAAGCUAUUUUUAUAUUGGGGUGUCUCUUAGAUGCUACUAUUAUUAUAAAUGAAUGUUUUACAUUCAAAUUCUUUUAAAUCCAAUACUUAAGCUUGAUGAACUACCCAUACUUAAACAUUUUGAGAAGGAGUGGUCAAACGUUAAACUUUCUCUCAAGUGCUACAUUCAAUUUUUACAAUGAACAGAUUGGCAGGAUAAAGACAAAAAAUGUUAUCUAUAAUGUUUAUGCAACUUAAUUUAUUAUUUAAAUGUUUACACGGACUAACAAAGAUUUUAAUUAUUAUUUACUAACAAACAUUGUAUUCACCAUAUAUAUACUGCUUAGCUUCAUGAUUGUCAGUAAUUUUGGUUUGGUAAGCCAAAUGAAAGCACAGAGCAAGCCGUAAUGUGGCCCACACAGGCCAUAAUUUGACUACCACUGAUCUAGCAGGAUGCUCAUAAAAUUGUGUAAAGUAUAAUUACCCUAAUACCUCUUCUGCAUUAAGAAAAUAUAUUCACCCUAUACAGCAGUUUUUCGGAAUUAAAAGUUGGUGAUGCUUUGAAUUUAAUUGAGUUGUCUUUUAUUUCUUUGCUUGACCUUUGCAACUGCCUUUAUUUGAAAUAUUUUUCAUUAUUUCAUUACUGUAUGGAUUUAUUUUUGUGUGGCUGCUUGUUAUGCGAUGAUCACGCAUUUUCCUUUUUUUGAAUAUGUCUCUGAAAUGGCUGAUGGUGUAUAUAUUUUAUAUAUAUACACAUAUAAAUAAAUACAUUAUAUAUUUAUGCAAAUUAUUGUGUGUUCCGAUCACCGUUUUUGUCUUUUUUUGUGAUUAAAUAAAAGACUUUUG